AUGCCGGGGACGAAUCGGAUGAACGCAGAAUGUUUGGCAACGUGAGUUGGGUUUUGAGGAUUUUGGGAAAAAUUGAAAAAGUUAGGGGAAAAAAGAUAAUUAAAAAAUCUCACGACACUUAUGUUAGCUUUAAAAAUUUUCCGAACUACGCUAGGAUUUCAGCAAAAUCCUAAAAACACGUCUUUCAAAAACCUUUUUUCCAAUUGAAAAAGCCCAAGAUAUACACUAAUCUGUACGGCGUAAAAAUUUUUUAUUUACAAAAGCUCAAAAAUUUUUUGAAGUUCAAAAAACUAUUUUACCUCGCCUAGGAACCUGGCAUUUUUUUCCGAAGCUCAAAAUUGUUAAGAAAUCGAAUAAAGUUCGCAGAAUAUCUUUGAUUAGGAGAAAACUAUCUAAAAAAUCGCAAAAGGAAUAGUCGAGUUGAUGCCAAUGGGAGGGUUUUGUUCAGAUAACCCACUGACUCCGGACCAAUUCCAUGAUAACUUCUCUUCUCAUUUUCAAAUAUAUACCCCUAUCAAUUCAAGUAACCGACAUUUCACUGGUUAUUGCGAAAUUAAUUGUUUGUUCAUUCACAAUAACUUUCCAGAUUUCGCAAUACUUUAUUUUCAAUUUAACUAGUGAAAUGUCGGUUGCUUGAAUUGAUAGGGGUAUAUAUUUGAAAUUGAAAAUGGAAGUUAUCAUGGAAUUGGUCCGGAGUCAGUGGGUUAUCUGAACAAAACCCUCCCAUUGGCAUCAACUCGACUGUUCCUUUUUGGAUUUGUUUUUUUUGAAAUUUUUUGAGAUACGGCUUUUCUUAAUAUUAGAUUCUCUGAAGUUAUGAAAUGAAAAAAAAAUUACACCAUGUGGUACGGUAAUUUUUAAUGAAAUCCCUCAAAAUCUCCCAUUUUUCUUCAGACAUGUAAUAUUAGUAUCAAGUGGGAUUUAUGGUGACAAACUGCUAUUUGUUUAUCCAUUCACACGAAUUCGUGAAGAAGAUAAUAAUUCACGAAUGUGUUCAACUCCACAACAAACAUCAACAACAACAUCAACCAACAUUGAAAUACCACAUCACGAAUCCGAACCCUAUAAGAAACAACGACAAAAACCAACACUAACCAAAGUUACUGAGAAAUUACCUCUUCUACCAAUGACUGAAUUCACGUAAGUUUUGAAUUUUCAGAAAACUUUGGAAUCUUGAACCCUGAAAAAAUAAAAUUCCAAAUAUUUUAUUUUCCAGAUUUCGUACAGAUAUUCUCGGGUAUAUACUUCUAGUCCAAAAAGAUGCCAUCGAUAAACCAUUCGAAUUGAAAGUCGACAAUUUCCGCUUCGUCGCUUGGCCAAAAUCUUGGUCAACACGUGAACAAACUUCCUCCGGCAAAUUCAUGUUCUCCAUAGUUUUCGCUCUCAAAACCUCAGCUGAAACACAUACAGUUGAAGCAUAUCAGCGACUAUCCAAAAAAUUGGCAAUCUCUUUUGUUACUUUACAACAUUGUGAAGGAUAUUUGGAAGAGGAAUUGAGGAUUAUGGAAGACGUUGAUCAUGAUUGCAAAGAUCCGUUUGAGAAGUUGUAUGAGCAGAGCAAAAUGGCGAGAACUAUUCGAGAGGUUUUUGAUAAAAUUACCAAAUAUGGAAGUGUACAUGUAAGAAUUUUUUGAAAAUAUAAAAAAAAAUGAAAAAAAUCACGUUUUGAAAAAAUUUCAAAAAUUCACGUUUUAGUUCAUUUCUAGAUUUCAAAUAUCCAAAAGUGAGUCAGCGCUCGACCAACAUUGCUCACGUUAAACCAAAACCAAAACAUUUUCAUUUUUCAGAAAUACAUAAAUGAUUUCGUCGAAAUUGGUUUUUGCGACGAAGCCUAUUCAUUAGCCCGAAAUAAUGUGAUGCCAAAAGGUCGAAAAGAGAUCAAAAAUAUUGUGAAAUCGAUUCGACCCUAUCACGGUAUUCUACUAUUAGAAGAUGUUCUACCAACACCCGAUGCAAAUCCAUCAGUCGCACUUCUACUUCGACAUUGCAGUCCGGAUCGAUCGAUUUUGGAUAUGUCAACUGCUUCGGGCAUUCCGAUUUUUGAAGUUUUUAUGAUUGUGCGGCAUUUGUUGUUGUGGACACGGGCUAUCUUGAUUUAUCCACUUUGUAAUACAAAUGUUUAUACAUCUGCAACAAGUCCACAACCUUUAGAAAAGUAAGCGAAUUUUGGAAGGGGGGAAUUAGAGUAAAUUUUCUCAAGAAGAUUUUAAGGUUUUCAAAUUUGGUUUUUUUUUUCCAAGAAAUUUGAAGUCAAAAUUCUCAAGUAGGAAUAUUUUUCAAGGACUAGUCUCUAGAAAUUCACUGUGGCAAGGAGGCACGCCUUGAAAGCUUAGUUCUCAAGCCGCGUCUAGAAAGUCCAAUUGUCGGAGCGGUUCCUACAGAAUCAAUUUUUCAAGUAGCAGCGCCUAGAGAGUGGUUUUUGUUUAAAAAAUUCAAAUUCCUGUGUAUCAGAAUCGGGCCAUUCAAAAACUGAUCAUGGGUCAAAUCCCUUUUGAUGAUUCCAAAACCUUCUUCCCUGUCUUUGAAAAAAAAAUCCCAUUUCCAGAAUGAUCGAAAAAUUCGCCGAAACAUUUGGUGCCAAUAUUCACCUUGCUGCUGGUUUAGCACACUUCAAUCCACCCGCCAGAUUAGAUACAUUUAUUCGACCGAAUCUAGCAUUGUCUGAACAACAAGUUCGAGCAAAAUUGGUGGUUGCAUUGCUAAGACAUCAAAUGCUCAUGCAAGUGGGUUUUUUUUUUGAAAGGGGGAAGUUUGAGGCCUGUGAAAAAGUAGAAAUAUUCCUGAUAUUCAAAAUAUUUAUUAGUCUGAAUUCCAAAAUAAAUUCCAAAUUCAACUAACAAUAAAUAUCAAAAUUAGAGCUCCAUUUUAUUUUUAUCAAUUCAAAAAAAAGUUUGAUAUCAAAUUGAAACAGUAG